UGUCACAGCUCGGCCGCUGCUGGCUUCUCACAAGUUGAGCAACAGCAGUAAAUACGUCGGGAACGAGCAAGUUGCUGCACGGAUUUCCCGGAGCUGCACAUAAUUUAAGAUCCAGAAUGCUGAGAAGAGGAUGAAUCCUUCAGGUCAUCUGAGACAUCCACGUGUCUUUGCCGCUGUCCCUCCCCGACAGCCCUCUCGUCCCACUGGGGCACCAUCUGUUUCCCCACGCUCGCCCCCUUGCCCCAGCCCGGGUCCCUCCCCCCUCCCCUGCCCCCAGUAGUGGCCACCCCAGAGGGGAGGAAAGGCGAGCCAGCCCCUGUAAAUAUGCCUGGAUGGAGGUCUCAGUGGCGUCUCGUCCUGUUGAACUCCCUGACCUGUGGCCUGGAGAUCUGUGUGGCAGCUGGGAUCACAUACGUGCCCCCGCUGCUGCUGGAGGCUGGAGUGGAGGAGCGCUACAUGACCAUGGUGCUAGGUAUUGGUCCAGUGCUUGGUCUUCUGUUCAUCCCUCUGAUUGGCUCAGCCAGUGACCACUGCAACAGCAGUUAUGGCAGAAGGCGGCCUUUCAUCUGGCUGCUGUCUCUGGGAGUCCUUGUGGCACUUUUUAUCAUUCCCCACGCUGAUGUCCUGGCUGCACGCCUUGCUUGGGGUGGGCGUACUCUCCAGGUGGGUUUCCUUAUCCUUGGUGUGGGGCUCCUUGACUUUUGUGGACAAGUGUGCUUCACACCAUUGGAGGCGCUUCUAUCGGACCUGUAUCGAGACGAGGAGGACUGUGGCCAAGCCUUUGCAAUGUUCUCCUUCAUGGUCAGCUUGGGAGGCUGCGUGGGUUAUUUGCUUCCAGCACUGGACUGGAGUCGAAGCCUGCUCUCUGUUUACCUAGGAGGCCAGGCCGAGUGCCUCUUCUCUCUCCUCAUCCUCAUCUUCAUCUCCAGUGUGCUGAUCACCAUGAAGGUGUCCGAGGAACCCUCUUUUACCAGCAGUGGCUUGGUGGGGUCUGGAUCUUUACUGGAGCCCGGGGCUGGAGCGAUAGAGACCGGCCGGUGCGGUGUGCCGCGGUCAUGCUGCUACCUGCUGAAGUGCAAGCUGAGGCUGCUGAAGUCUGGACCCGUGCUGUGCUUGCUGAGAACGUGCUGGUCCAUGACUCCAGCCAUCUACAGGAGCUACUGCCAUGUCCCAAGGGUGAUGAGGCAGCUGUGUGUGGCUCAGCUCUGCAGCUGGAUGGCUGUCAUGUCCUUUAUGCUUUUCUACACAGACUUUGUGGGGGAAGGCCUGUACGAGGGCGUGCCCAGUGCAACACCAGGAAGUGUGUCCAGGCAAAGAUAUGAUGAAGGUAUCCGUAUGGGCAGUCUGGGCCUGUUCCUGCAGUGUGCUACCUCAACCUUCUUCUCCCUGGUCAUGAGUCAUUUGGUUCGCCAUUUUGGCUCAAGGUGGGUUUACCUGAGCAGUAUGGUGAGCUUCACACUCUCUGCUUUGGUCAUCUGUUUGUCCAAAAGUGUGGUCCUGGUCACAGCCAUGGCGGCCCUCACUGGCUAUGCAUACGCCACGCUGCAGACUCUGCCCUACACGCUCACCUGUUACUACCACAAAGAGAAAGAGGUCUAUAUGCCAAAAAGGAAAACCAAAAGCGUGCAUAAAAAUGGUAUUACACCCAAGCGGGACUCUGUGUAUUUGACUCCUGUGGAAGAGGAGAGUGGACUAAACCACAAAACGGGGGCCACCUACGGACAUGCCUUCCUCAAACAGGACGGUUAUGAGUACUACCCCAGUCCUCACAGCCAGAACGGCUCAUCUCACAGCACCGGUGGAACCGAGCAGGAGGAGGCGGAAUCGGGGUAUGAGAAACGUGGCGUGGGCUUGGACUUUGCCAUCUUAGACAGCACCUUUCUCCUCUCUCAGGUUUUCCCCACCCUCUUCAUGGGCAUGAUCGUUCAGUUCGCACAGUCCGUCACUGCCUACAUCGCCUUCUCUGCCAUCUUCGGGACUGUCGCCAUCUACUUGGCCAGUCAAAUUGUCUUUGACCAAAAGGACCUCAAAAGCUGACAUGGGAGUGAUGAUGGAGUCACAAAUGUCAAUCAAGUCAUUCAGGUUCCAUGGGUGGAACUCAACAAUGCACUACUGUUCCCAGAAUGCCUUGCUUUUGUACCAUGUGUUUGCUUUUGAGAAAAGCGCUGCGUUGAGGAAGUGUGUGUGUCUGUCGGUCAGUGUGUGGCAGGGUAUGAGAGAAAGUGGGUAACGAAGGAAAAUAUGUCACCAGAGAUAUAUUGUCUGGCAGUGACAUGCAGUGUCAGUUACAGCAGGAAUUGUUACCUGAAGAGUCAACACCAACUGUGUGCUCAGGUCAGGUGUGGUACUCUCUGUACUGAACACUAUUGACUUCUAAUAAUCUCUCUAAAAGUUUUGUUGUGACAUCUUUUCUGUCCAUCGUCCUUUUCCUCAGGUAGCACCAAACAGAUUUACUGUAGAACUCAUCAACCUCUGAUACACUGCUACUCACUUUUUAUGGUUUUUAUCCUCAGAUAUCCACAGUUUUUAAAAGUAUUUUGUUUUGUACACAGUGUGUCAAACACAGUGCUUGUACAGACUCAUCUGCAGUAUCACUAUGCUACUCUGGAGACUGGUCUUCUUACUGAGAUGGGCUUGUCUUUCCUCACAAUGGUAGAAAGGAUAGAUCAACGCAAUGUUUCUACCCAUUUAGAAAAUAGAAUUACAAGUGGGACCAUUGGACUUGUCCAUCCAGCAUCAAAAACAAACUAUAGUGAUCUUUUAUUGUGAUUCCAUAAAGCUAAGGGGACCUUUGAAAGAUAGAUUUUUUUUAAAUGGUUAAAAUAUUCUGACUUUUAGUCUUCUAAAGCUCCAAAAACACUGGAUCCUACAUUUCCCAUAAUACAACUCAUAAGUGUAUUUCAUUAGGCCUUCCUUGCCUGUGAAAUGCCAUCGUCUUUCACACUCCAUGCCCUCGGUUUGUAACAUGUUUUCUGUCAGAUAUUUUGAAGUGUCAAGCCUAAUCCAAGAUAACUAUAAUGACAUCAUCAGGGUCAUUUUCUCAGACUUAACAAAGCUCCUUAAGAGCCACAGAAGGUGUUUUACAACCGUUUUCACAAGCCUAGUAUGUGUAACAUUGGUGGAAUACCCCUUUAAAAAAAUCACCUGUGCUAUGAUUCUGGCCCCAUCUAGUGUCAUUUAUUAAUUAAUGAACAGUUUUACUGUAAAUAUCUUGUAUACAAAUUUACUGUAUAUCCCUAUGGGAAUGAUGUUAUGCAACCUGAUGAGGUGCGGUUAUCGACUGUGGUGGUUUAACAAUGAAGCUGUUUACUUGGAACUGGAAUACUGCAUCAAACGUCCUUUUGUAGUAAGAUAAUCAUGAGCGGUCAAAUCUAGUGGACUGCUCAUCCCGUCCAACUCUGCGUCUGAUCAGGACAGUCGUCUCAGGUUAGUGUCCCACGCUGUUUAUAUGCCACUGAUAAAACACUUUCCCUGCUGCCUAAACCCUCAAGUUUUACUGUAUUUUCAAAUGACAAUCUAGGACAUCCAGAUGGACUUGUUAUAUAAUGUUGUAUGUAAACAUGCAGUGUGAUGUCUGAUGGAAGCCAACUUCAUAGCACCCAUUCCUGAAAGACCAAAAAAAGUCAUGCAGUAAAUGGAAACAUUUGGUGACUGAAAAUGAUUUGAGAGUAGGCACUGUAUAUUGAUGGGCUGAAGGCCAAGCUGAGUCGAGGUGUGUGUGUGCGUGUGUGUCUGUGUGUGUUUGUUUAUACAUAACAUGGAGGAUAGACAGUGAGAAAGCAUGAGUAAUAUUUAAGUGUGAGGCUAAUGAAAAGCGAUAUGACUUGAGUGUGUGCAGUUAUAAUAAACUGUAUUGACUUUAGCCCAUAUGAUGCGGUAUCUUAAAAUGUAUCAUGGCCUUCAGUGGAGCUUGUCAAAUCGGCCAGUUGGUGUAAACACCACGCUGGUGUUGCAACCAGAAGGAUCCUGAAGGAUCUUAUUGCCUGAGGUGCGCUCAGAAUGGGGGAAGCAAAAAUGGCAGAAGAUUUGUCAUGUUUACACGACUGCAUAGAAGACUCAAAAACAACCGAAUUAUCCUUUUCACCCUGAAAUGCACAGGAAAAUAUUGUUUAGCAGUAGCAGAAGUAUCAGAAAAAGGUUGUUUUCAAGUGCCUGUACAUUUUCAACAUUUUUUGUACAUAAUGUAUUUAUUUAUUAUGCUUUUAUUACAAAAUAGUGCAUAUUAAACUAUUGGCCUCUUUGGCAUCUGUCAUAGGUGCAAGGGUGAAGGCUGUGAAAAAGAUAAAUUAUUUCUAUAGAUGUGGUAUAGAAGCAUCCUCAAAGCUAUAAUUUAUUUUAACAUUACCCACAUUGUCCUGUAGCUCUGACAGCAUCACAGAGCCUAAUGCUGAUAACUGCUGUCACUCACUAUAUGUAUCAGAUCAGCUGCAGAUGAGAAUACUCAAUACUUAAAGUUACCAGAUUCCCCCUGUGGACAUAAUCCAUGUAGCCUGUAUCAGCUGAAAACUUAAUUCACGUCACACAACUGAGAGGCUUUGUGAUUUUAUUUUAUUUUUUCCUCCCCCCUGGUGCAGCUGGUGCAAAUACAGUAAGAAACCUUGUCAUUUUUGUCAAUACUGCUUUAUCUGGGUCUUAUAUAACCACUUAUUUCCUAUCAGAGACCUGUUUUAUUGUUUAAUUUAACAGAUAAAACUACAGAUAUCUUUAACUGAAUGGGUGGAGUUGUUUUCAGUCCCUAUUGCUCGCAACCAAAUGUCCUGUUCGAUUUAAGACAGCAAAGUGCCAGUGGCCAGUCUACCUUAAGGCCAGAAAUCAUUGUGUUCUGAUGUCAUUGAUCAGUUGUUGUUUUUUACAUCACAAUUUUAGUAAUCACUGUCAUUAAUGCAUUCAGCCAUAACAAAAAAAAUGUUUCUUUUAUGUUGUACAUCAUCAGAUUGUGUAUAAAUAUGCAGUUACCAAACAGAUUUUAUACAAAAUAAAACUGCAUUGUGAAUGA